CUGGGGGAUAGCAUGGCCAACUACCCGCAGGGCCUGGACGACAAGACAAAUCUCCAAACCGUCUGCGACUGCGGCGCUCGCCGCUGGUAGUCUGACUCGGGCCGGUUAGAUUGCCCCGGAACCAUUGUCGUUCGAACGGAUUUGCAGGCGCUCUCAGAUCUCGCCCUAUGCAAUAUUCACGCAUCCAUCUCUCCGUGCGUUUUGUCUCCAAGGAGAAGCCCGCCAGUGCGGGUAUUUUGCAGAAGCGCCUCUUCCAAACAAGAUGUUGCAUUCAACAUCUUAACGAUGGAGGGGGUCGCAGGACUGCUGCCGGCGUUGACAGGGCUCUUAACAGGGGGGCGACCGUUUCCCGACACCGAUUUGCCCCUAGGUUGUUGUUUUUCUUUUCUUUUUUUUUUGGGCCCCAAGUGAGAUGCCAAUCCCCGGCCCCACAACACACACGGAGACACCCCCUCCCACCCCCCCGCCCCCACACACAGAGGCCAAGGUUACAGUCCAUCCUCAGAAAUAGCCUUUCCGGCCCCUCUGAUUCCCGAGCCGGGAGGGAGAUGGUUCUUCUUGUUCUCCAAAUCAUCGAGUUUGUACGAAGAACAAACAGAGCGAUGGAGGAUUUCGUUAACAAGGCAGAUUCCUACUUGGAAGACGCACCCGCAUACGACAGAUACUGGGACGAUUUCCAUGCCUGUACCACCACAGCCCUUGCGGAUUGCCAGGAAGGGGCGACAGAUCUAUGGGAAAAACUGAAAAAAGAAUCCAAAAACCUCAAUUUCCAAGGCAGCUUAUUUGAACUGUGUGGAGAAAGCAAUGGGUCGGCUCUCCUCCUCCCGGCCUUCCCUUUGCUAUGGGGGCUUCUCUCUGCCGCCCUAGCGACCUGGAUCUCCAUCUGAGGAGGCGCCGGCCCUGCGCAGGCACACGUAUACACACACACACGUAUACACACACACACGCAGUCUCUCUCUCCCUCUCUUUCCCACCCGCACACAAACCCACACUCACUCCACAGAACCGGAUUUAUAGAGGAAGCAUCCAUCCGUUUGGGGGGACGUUGUGAUUCUCUGUGAUGCUGAAACCACCCAUGUAGGAUCGUGGAAUCUGUUAUUCUCCUUUGAUUAUUUUGUGUAUUUUAUUUGCCAGAUGUUACCAAACAGUAAGCAACAACAGCCAAAAUCGGACCUCAGCUUUAUUACGUCUUCAAACAAAAAUAGAAAAGCCAGUCCACCCCCACCCCCUUUCUGUUGUUGUUAUUUAUUUAUUUUUUUUUGCAAAAGAAUCUCAGGAACGGCCCUGGGCCAUCUAAUAUAUAAAUCAUGGUAACACAUGACAAGGGAUGGGCUCCUCUUAAUAUAUAAAAACAAAUGUGGGGAGAAGGCCACGGGAAUUGGAUUGAAGAUAGAUGUCUACGUGUGAAGCAUAUGGUGAAUAAUUCACAAUCUCUAUUGCAUCUUUCUUUCACAGUAUCUUGUUUUGAUCAUUUCCACCGCAAAUAUUCCCCGGAGAAAAGAAAAAAAGAGAACAGUUUAACGGGGAGAGGGCCGGGAGGGGGGACAGAGGAGAGGAGAGGUAUCUAUCGACCACUGGAAUGGAUGCUAUUGAGGUUACUGACCGUUAGCUUUUACCUGCUGUUGUCAAGGCAUCUUUCCAAAUUCACUGCCUUCGUUUCCCCUUCCCUCCCUCGUCUUAGAUGUUACACAUACAGUAAUGCCUGAAUAUCCAACGGUGUAGAUCACAAAGGGGGCUUAAAAUGUUAAUCUAAAGUAGAGCAUACCAUUUUGACAUAAAAGAGCCUUGAUUUUAAAAAAGAGAGAUGUAAUUUAAAAAGUUUAUUAUAAAUUAAAAUCAGCAAAAAAAUUUGCUACAAAGCUAUAGAGAAGAAGUAUAAAAUAAAAAGUAUUGUUUGAAA